GUUCGCGUCGCGUUCUCCAACACGACACAGAUCACGCUCGGCUGGUCGACGCCGCAUGAUAACGGGGGGUCGCGGCUGAUCAGCUACAAAAUCGAGCGCGACAGCGGGUUCGGCUGGGAGACGCUGCGGAUCAUUAACGCCAGCGCGGGGAACAGUUUUGUCGACUACGCGGUCGUGCCGAGUAACAAGACAAGACUGGUGUCUAGUGGCAGUGAGCACCACGACCACCAGUUCAACCCCUACGAGUACCGAAUUUCGGCGAAAGCGAUCGCGAACGACUUUUUCGGCGAGACCUCAGAUGUCAUCACCGCGUACGCAGCGAGGUUGCCGAACAAAGUGACCCAUCUUGCCUUCCCCAACUACACAAGAUACUCCGUCGACGAUAGCACCGGGCCGAACCAGAAUACCAGAACCUCGAUCGCGGUCGAGUGGCGCGCGGCGGUAGACGACGACUUGGAUGUCACGCACUACAAAGUCGAGAUCGACGACGGGCUGGGCGGCGACUUCUACUUGGCGCAGCUGACCAGAAAGCUGUACGCCACGGUUUCAGGGUUGCAAUCCGCCCGCGAGUACCGG